AAACCCUUUGCGGCCAAAACCCAGAAGGCCAGAACCCCGGAGGGAGGAGGAGGAGGAGAACGGCAUGGCGGAGCUCCGAGAGGAGGGCGGAAUCCCCGGCGACGAAACCCUAGAGAGAGUCUUCUCUCGCCUCAAGCCCUACUGCAUCGAUCUCCUCGAUCUCGUCCGGAACCCCAGGAAGAACGCCUCCUUCCUCCUGGAGAUGAACGACUUCCUCCGCCGCGCGCCUCCCGACGCCUUGCAGCCCUGUCUCGACUAUACAUUGUUUCCCCUUCUUCUUUUGCUGGACGCGGCGGUGGAGUGUAGAAAGGAGCAGAAGGCUGAUUCAGAUGGGAGUUUGGGGAACGGCAGUGCACCAUUGAGAGGUCUUGAGAUCAGUGAUAGAGUGGCGGAGGGUGUUCUGAUAUGCCUUGAGGAACUUCUAAAGAAAUGCCAUCUGGGAUCUGUGAAUCAGAUGGUUGUGGUGCUGAAGAAGCUAACUUCUGGGGCUUUGCUUUCACCUUCUGAGGCAUCUGAAGAAUUUCGUGAAGGAAUUGUUAAAUGCUUUAGGUCAGUGCUUCUCAGGUUACAACCCUGCUCCAAUAGCUCAUGCUCAUGCAAGCAAAUGGUUUGCUUGCCCACAAUUGUAUCCUUUGGUACUCUGCAAAUUGAGCAUGCUACUUCCAUGAAGUACUUUUCGGAACCUGAAGAAUGUUUGCUUGCAUUUCUCCGGUCUCAAAAUGCUUCUGCUGCAGUGGGGCACUGGCUGUCACUUCUUCUCCAGACCGCAGAACUUGAGGCCUCAAGAGGACAUCGUGGAAGUGCAAGUCUCCGGAAGGAAGCAUUUUUUACGCUCCGUGUACUUGUUGCGAAGGUUGGCACUGCUGAUGCACUUGCCUUUUUUCUACCUGGCAUUGUCAGCCGCUUUGCAAAAGCUUUAUAUGUAUCAAAGAGCAUGAUAAGUGGUGCUGCUGGAAGUACAGCCAGCAUUGAGCAUGCUGUUUGUGGGUUAACUGAGUUCUUGAUGAUAGUUUUAAAUGAUGAGGCAAAUCUCUGUGGCCUUGAGAUGUCAAUAAAUGAUAUUUCUGGCUUCUGCCUUAAGGAGAGCAGAUCCACCCAAUCUGUCCUGGAGGUCCUUCGUCAUUUACCAGUCAGUUCUCAAAAUCAAUCAAAAAAUCUAGCUGGAGAAUCAUCUAAUCAAUCAAUCAUGGUCCUUUCUUCCAAAGAUGAACUUAAGGAGAAGAGUGAUCAUUAUGGGCAUGGUACAAGAUCUUUAUAUGUACAUCGCACAAAGGAGUGGAUUGAUGAAACUUCUGCAAAUGUUGAUAAACUGUUGUCUGCUACGUUUCCUCAUCUUUCUGUUCACCCUGCAGAGAAAGUGAGGAAGGCGCUUGUGGAUGGUAUAGCAGGGCUAUUGUCAAAUUGCAGUUACACCCUGAAGAAGAGCAAGUUAAUGCUUUUAGAGUGUUUAUGUGUGCUGGUUUGUGAUGAUUCAGUUGUUGUAUCUGUAGCUGCACAAGGGUCCCUUGAAUCUUUGUUCAGGGUGGGUGAGAAAUUUUUGACAGAAAAUGAGGUUUCCGAGAUAUUUACCAGCCUCAUUGAAAGGCUUCCACGAAUGAUUCUUGGAAGUGAGGAGACAGUUGCAUUGUCACAUGCCCGGAGACUACUUGCUCUAAUGUAUUAUGCAGGUCCCGAGCUUGUAACAAAUCACCUUCUUCGUUCUCCUCAGAUCAAAGCUGCACGCUUCCUUGAUUGUUUGAGCUUAUCCUUGAGCCAUAAUUCACAAUUUGCUGGUUCUGUUGAUAAGAUUAUCUCAUCAAAGCCACUAUCAGUUGGAUACCUGCUAUCAGUUGCUGAGUUAAAAACUGGCAUUCUCAUGAGUGGUGCAAGUCAUAGUAUUGACAAUGCUUCUGCUUCUAUCAACUCCAAGAUCUCUCUAGUGCAAGAUAAGGAUUUUCAGAAUCUGGUAGAAAAUGUAAGCAACAGCCAUGAAUUUCCUCAUAUGCCUCCUUGGUUUUCACAUAUUGGUAGUCACAGAUUGUACGCUGCUCUUUCUGGAAUACUCCGACUUAUAGGUUUAUCCAUGACUGCAGGGCACAAGAGUGAUGUAUCUCUUUCAGUUCUUGUGGAUAUACUGCUAGAUUAUUUUCAUAAGUUGAUUUCAGAGCUUCGUAUUAGGGCAUAUAAUAAAGAAAGUUGGCAAAGCUGGUAUUAUCGAAGUGGUUCAGGAAAGUUACUGCGUCAGACAAGCGUUGCAGUUUGUAUGCUAAACGAAAUGAUAUAUGGGUUAUCAGACCAAUCGGUUAGUUUGAAUUCUAAACUUUUCAUGAAGAAUGGAGCAGAAGUAGAAGAGGCACAAGGAGUGGAAUUUACACGCAAUAAUGAUCAGCCUAGUGGAUUUAGAAAUGAUGGGUCAGCUUGGAAGGUUCGACAGGGAAAGGAUACCAGAGACCAUGUAAUCCAUUGUGUUGGUAGCAUUCUACAUGAAUAUAUGUCUCCUGAAGUUUGGGAUCUUCCAAUAGAUCAGAAGUCACCUCUGCUAGAAGAUGAAAUAGAAACAGAUAUUUCGUUGCAUUUUUUUCGUGAUGCGACAAUGCUUCAUCAGGUUAUCAUAGAUGGGAUAGGCAUUUUCAGUAUAGUUCUCGGAAAAGAUUUUGUGUGUAGUGGAUUUAUGCACUCUUCUAUUUAUUUAUUACUUCAAAAUUUGAUUUGCUCAAACAACCAGAUAAGAAAUGCAUCAGAUGCUGUCUUAAGAGCGGUUGCUGCAUCUUGUAGCUAUCCUACAGUAGGGCAUUUAGUUGUGGCAAAUGCAGACUAUAUUGUUGACUCUCUUUGUCGACAGCUGCGUCAUUUGGAUCUCAAUCCACAUGUUCCUGAUGUAAUUGCUGCUAUGCUUUCCUAUAUUGGAGCUGCUCAUGAUAUUUUGCCAUUAUUGGAGGAGCCGAUGCGUGCUGUUUCAUCAGAACUGGAGGUCCUUGGUAGGCACCAACACCCAAAUUUAACUAUUCCAUUUCUAAAGGCGGUGGGUGAGAUCACCAAGGCAUCCAGGCGCGAGGCUUGUAAGUUGCCCAGUGAAGCAGAGUCAUUAAAAUCGCAUGUCAAUCCUGAGGUUCUUGUAUUGCGAAAAAUGAUCAAAGAGGAAUGCAGAGAAAAUAGAGAACCAUAUGUUGGUUCUGUGGCAUCAGAUAAGGUGAAUGUCAGUCUCAGUGUAGAAUACUGGGAGGAAUUUCUCUUUAAGCUGAAUGAGAUGAAAAGAUACAGACGAACGGUUGGAUCUCUUGUUGGAUCAUGCUUAAAAGCUGCAACCCCACUUCUUUCUUCUCAGAAGUCAGCUUGUCUGGCGGCACUGGACAUUGUGGAGGAUGUUACUAUAUCCCUUGCAAAAGUGGAGGAAGCUUAUGAGCAUGAGAAACAAACAAAAGCAGCAAUUGAGGAAGCAAUGCAAUUAUUGUUAUUAAAUGAUCUUCAAGACACUGUUGAUGCUGCAGAUGAAGAAGAUGAAAACAGAUUGCUUCCAGCAAUGAACAAGAUCUGGCCUUACUUCAUUCUUUGCCUCAAAAAUAAGAUAUCGGUGGCUGUCAUCAGGCGAUGCACAAUUGUGCUGAGCGAAGCAGUUGAGAUAGCUGGUGGAGAUUUCUUCAUUCGCCGAUUCCAUAGCGAUGGACCUAUCAUUUGGAAACUGCUGAUGUGUUCACCAUUUCGGAGAAAACCCAUACAAGCAAAAGAUGAAAAUUCAUUACUUCUUCCAUAUAGAAGUAGAUCUGGGUCCUCAGAAGAGCCAAUGGCUGAGAUCUCCAAUCAGAAAAUCCAGGUAGCAGUUCUGGACAUGAUUGCCAAGAUAUCUUUAAAUAAAAGGAGUGCCUCGGCAUUAGGAACAGUUCUCAAGAAGGUUAGCGGCCUUGUAGUUGGGGUUGCUUACUGUGGUGGGACAGGUCUCCGUGAUGCUUCUAUAAAGGCGUUAUCAGGACUUGCCCACAUGGAUUCUGACCUUAUUUGGCUUCUUCUAGCUGAUGUAUACUACUCCGUGAAUAAGAAGGAUGUACCUUCGCCACCGGCCUUGGAUCUAACUGGGAUGUCUCAACUUCUGCCUCCUCCAGUGUCUUCAAAGGAUUACCUGUAUCUGCAGUAUGGAGGAGCAAGUUUUGGUUUCGAUGUAGAUCCCUUGUCAGUGGAGAUAGUGUUUAAAAGGAUGCUCUCCGAAGUAUUUACAUGAUAAAUUGUACAUAUUCUGAAAGAAAUGCACCAUUUCUAAAUGGUUUUGGUGUAUAUUCCAUAAACUAUUAAGUUGUUUUAGGGUUGUGACGUUCCCAUACUAGGUGCGGUCUUUUUCGCAGAAUGACAGAAACAACAGUAUCUCAUUUGCGACAAAA